AUGGCCCUAAGUUUUUUCAGUGGUGGGGGCAGUGCAAGUCAUGCGAAGUACUUCGAUAUCCGUCUUGAUGAAGAUUAUAUUGUUUUUCGCGGUGGAGAACAAGAGGCUGCCAGUGCACACUUGAGUGGAAAGCUUCUUCUUUGUUUAUCAGAGCCGUUGUCGAUAAAGCAUAUCCGGCUUCACCUCACUGGUAUAUCGCGAGUUUGCUGGCAUCUGCCGUCUAGUUCUGCUGGUGGUGGUAGGAAAUCGUGGAGAGAGCGCGUGAUCUAUGAAAAGACAUGGAAAUUCAGAGAUCCAGGCAAAGGUAAAACGGAAAUUUUGCCUGCUGACAACUAUGAAUAUCCUUUCAAUCUCGUCUUAGAGGGUAAUAUGCCCGAAAGUAUCGAGGGUCUCAGCGAUACCUAUAUCACCUACCGAUUCAAAGCCGAAAUAGGUCGCAAAUAUGCGAAGGAUAUUGUUGUCCGGAAGCCAUUGCGUAUCAUUCGGACAUUGGAACCUAGUGCUCUCGAGCUUUCUCAUGCUAUGUCGGUGGAGAAUAUUUGGCCCAACAAGAUCGAGUACUCGAUAAGCACACCAACAAAAGCGGUUAUUUUUGGAACCAGCAUCCGAAUUGACUUCAAACUUAUCCCACUACUCAAAGGCCUCUCAAUCGGACAGAUUGUCUCUCAACUUAUCGAGAGCCAUGAUCUCACCCUCAACCCUGAAGAUCCUGACACAGUUCGCAACACAUACAAGAACACGCGAACUAUCUUGAACGACGAGUUUGAGUUGGAUCACGAUAAUGCCUUGGAAAUUAUCGAUGAAGUAGCAGAGGGCUAUCAAUUCUCGCGUUAUUUGGAUCUCCCUAAAACUUUGACACGGUGUCUGCAAGAUACAGAUACGAAGGGUAUCAAGGUCAGGCAUAAGCUGAAGUUCCGCGUUCAAUUGAUGAAUCCAGAUGGUCACAUUAGCGAGCUGCGUGCUACGCUUCCAGUCUCAAUAUUUAUUUCUCCAAACCUUGCGAUCGAUGAGAACAAUAACCUAAUUGACCAGACUCCGCAAUCCGCUCAACGGGCAAUCAACGAUAUUGCUCAACAGGCACCCCCGUUGUACGGCGAGCAUCAGUUUGACCAGUUGUAUAGCGAGCUUGACCCUAAUGGUUACCGUACCCCGGGACCUGGAAGUGGCCCCGGUACACCAUUUGGCACUCUAAGUCGCAAUCUCUCUGCUGAGAACCUCGCUUCUAUGAAUGCUUUGACGAACACCGACAUCUCCGCUUCUGCGCUACACAGCCGUCUAUCAAAUCUCUCAAACCUCAAUAUCACUCGACCCCAUCAGCCGUCGCCCACCGAUCAUGAGCCCCAGAACGACAGCGAACACCGGCGUCUAGGUGUUCCUGCAGAUUACUUUGGACCAUCAUCAGGUUCUAACUCUCACAGCCCUUCGAGCCCGGUGCUCUCGCGACGACCCUCUGAUGAAGUUGACCAUGAGCAUGUUCCAUCUGGAAUGGCCACGCCGUUCCAUCCACAGUAUGCGGAGGUGGAGACUUUGAGCCGUGUUCCCAGUUAUUCGACAGCAGUCCGUACCACUGUCCGUCCCCAUGAUUCUGAGUUGCCAGAUUAUGAUGCCGUCGUUGCGGAAGAUAUUCCCGUUCCGCCACCUCUCCAGUCACCCCAGCAAGCUCAUAUCCGAAACGUCGGGCGCGGACCUGGUCAACUUUUCUCUUCCCUGGAAAUUCUUCAUCAUCGGUCGGGCCUUGGUCACUCUCGUUCCACGAGUCACGAUGAUGAGGACCGAAGACUGCGACUCGUUCAGGCCCGGGCCCGAGUCUAGAUUCAGGAUAGAGGCCACUCCACCUGCAUAGCGGAGGGGAACUUGGAACUCUCCGGUCAUGCGCAUUCAUGAUGACUACGGUACUGUUGGCGCUGGACGCUGAGAGGUGCUAUAUUCAGAGACUCUCCUAAUUUCACGAUAGAAGAAAAGCAUGUACCUCACUUCGUUUUGUAUCUAUAUUAGAUUGGGUGUUGGGUGCUCCUG